AUGAGUGAUGCUCUCGCAAUACUCGACGGUGCCGCGGCAUGCGUGUCGGCGUUGCUGAUGCCGGAGGAAUUGGGGGCUUUAAUUAAUUUCUUGCGUGGGGAAUCGUGGGAGGAGGUGUCACCAACACCACCACCAUCUUCAUCCACGACGACUCCCACUGCGGUCGACGGGGAUGUGAGCUGGCGCCUUCCGAAUGUGCUGAUAGGCUGCUACAACCUCAUUCCGCUAGCAAUUGCAGCAGAUGUGUCGCUUGUUUCCGUCUCCUCCUCCGGCGAGAGAGCAGCGCUCGUGCACAACUUUGAGCGACACGAGUUCCGUGUGUUCGCUGUCAAUUUGAUGCCGGAGGGAUGCCCCGCUGAGGAUUCUGUGCGUCAUAGGGGUGGGAGCGGUAGCGCCGUUGUCCGGCUGAAUUGCAUGGAGGCGGCACAGGCCUGGUGUGACUCCGUGUAUGCCGAGAAGGACGGUUGCCCUGCCAGAAGCCCAAUUCUGGCAGGAAGCAAACGCAGUCGGGGUGAGGCAUCCGCGGCCUCCCCGCCACCACCCUCCAUCGCGAGGCGUCAACACACCUCGGGGCCGUGCACGCGACGGGCGCUUUUUGUUUUGCGUUGCUGUGCUAAUGAAGGCGCCGCAUGCCGCGAUGAUGUCGGCCGGGCACGGCCCUUCUCCGAUCCGCUGAUGUUGCUUCUCCACGACAUCAGUGCCCUGGCGGCGUUGUGCCGCGCCAGGGAGGCCACGUACCGAUCCCGGAUCCAAUUUUCUGUCCUCCUGCUUCCGGAUGAUCUUGCGUACGGCGGCGCACUCUUGGAGGAGGCCCUGCGUGAGCCACUGAGUUGUGAGUACUGUGUGAAGCUUUUUCGCGGGUCUGCUGCUUCUGCGACGCGGCGCGACGAUGCGGAGCGGAGAGCGUUCAUUUGUCGCCUUGAGACUUGGAUGAAUGUCCCGACGGCUUCCCCACCCCCGGGUGACGCCGAGGGAGGAAAGGAAGGGGUGACAAGGCGGGAACAUCAGCAGCAGCAGCAGCUGUGUAGUGGAGCGGAAGUUGAGGUGGCGGAGAAGACACGGCAGCGGGAGUCAAGUUUUUUCUUUGUGCGUCGCGAGAAUCUACCGCUCUGUUGUUUUUUGCGGGAGGCGCUGCGUCGUUUUCCUGUCAUCCUGCAUCCGGUGGCGCUUCGUCACCUCCAGGCGUUGUGGGCAACACGGCGUCAACUUGGUGAUGUUGUAACGGGUCUGCACGCGCUGCUCUGCCCCUUCGCCCACUUUGCGUCUACGCGUGACCGUCGUCUGUCCGCCACAUUGGCGUCGCCUCCUGUUGGGCCGUCAAUGACUGAUACCACAGCAAGUGGGGGAAACGGGAGUGAUGGCAUCUGUCGUCACGCAGACACCGUAGACAUUCUCAACGCUCUAUUUGUCGCGGCGGGUCAGUUGGCAGAUGGAGAGUUGUUGAAUGAGGCGGUGACAUUUGCGGUCUUGUACGAAGACAUUGUGCGGAAGCGGUCGAUGCGGCUGCAGCGAAUCCCAGGUUUUGUCUCGGUGCUCGAACGACUGUGGCAGAGGUGGGGCAAUGAGAAGGAAAUGGCCUUUCACGAGGCGUUGGCGUCGUGUGUGCCGGUGUACACGCCAAGCAGCGCACUGCAGAAUGAGUUCUAUCAUUCCCCACGAGAGGAGGGGGCGGAGGAGGCGAGGGCAGUUGUUAGCAUCCCCGCAGCGAUGCAGGUGCCCGCGGCAAAGACGCCGCUUGGGGCGGAGUUGAUGCACUCCGCUCUACUUGCAGUGCUGCCGCCGCAGGAGUCACUGGAGGAGUUGAGGCGUGCUGUAGGCCAAUGCAGCAGCCACGGUGGCCCGCGUGGGGAAGCGGGUGAGUGCCGUCACGACUGCAACGGUGCAGCGGCGGUGCAGGGGUGGGCGCUGUCUGAGAACAACUUUUUUAACCCCUCCAUUCCGGACUCUGUGCGGCUGCUGCAUCUUCUCACCGCCCAUGCGCUGGGGCAGAGGAGCUCCAGGCAGAGGUACGUUUCCUUCGCUCUGCUGCAGCGCGUCUGUCAGAUCCCUGACGAGGCGCUGGUGCGGGCGUUGAAGGAGCUGAAGCUUGCGGGGCUGGUGAAAGUCAACGGGCGCGACGCCAAGGUUAAGGCGACGCUGGACGGCUGA